AUGGUGCGCCUCAAACACAGAUACAUUUUGUUUGAUAUACUUUACCCGCCUGUUGCUCAUCCCACUACUUCGCUGCAGAGAGAGAAAUGUGCGCGCUUUAGCCAGUCGCCAAAGGAUUGUUUACUAUCAUUGCAUUCGACGUCGCCAGCGUCCAUUAAUCCUCGAACCAUUGUUAAUUUGCUUCGAGAUGUUAUCGAAGAUCAUUUUGGCGAUUUGGCCGCAGGAACGAUUGGACUGCUGAUUAUUGUAAAAUAUUUCAGCAAUAAGACUUCCACUGGAAUAAUACGAUGUAAUAGGCAAAAUUUCCACCAAGUGAUGGCUGCGCUAGCAUUGGUCACUAAGCUUGACAGUUAUGAUGUGGUGAUGCGGUGUGUUCAUGUAAGUGGCACAAUCCGCAAGUGUGAACAGUUCUCAAUCCAGAAUAACAAGAAGCUUAUCGCAGAGAUGGGGCAAGACAAAAACGCACGAGAAGGCUUAGAUGAGUUCAUUUCGAUGUUCAGUAAUGACAACGAUGAAGAGGGCGAGGAUAACUAG